AUGACUUCCUUCAGCAAAUAUGUGAGCAACGUGGUGAAGACUGCUCUAUCAUCUUUCCUGCCGAACAAAGUUGUCGCGUAUACACAACGACAAUAUGAGGCUGAGUACUCAGAUUGUGAAAUCCUUUCCGAACGUGAACCCCUAUUUUAUUUCAUCAAAGUGGCUAACCACUUUGAAAUGACGUACAUUCCACGCAUUUCCGUGUCUGUAACUGGGGAGGAAGAACCCUAUGCAUUCAGCCUAUUCCGUUUUCAAGGUGAUGAGGAGAGUGGUCUUGCAGCUUUCGCACGCCACGUCGAAGUUUUGAUGCCUCUCCAUUUAGCUCGUGUUUCAUUAAACCUUUCUUGUGAUCGUGUUCUGAUCGAACGAAUCACUGCGUUGUGCAGAGAGCAAUAUGGUUGGACUGCAGCGCAUAUUGCAGCCGCUCUUCCCUGGCCAGAAGUAUUUUACAGCUCUUCUGUGAAAGCUAUGCUAAAUUGUCAUGAUCCAUGCUCUGGAUCGACUCCGCUUCGUAUCGCAGUGGCAGGUGGAGACAUCAAGUUGCUUGACUGCCUUCUAAGCCUACCAGCACUACGCUUGGAUGGUGUGGACAAUCAGGGGGACACAAUACUUCAUCUAGCAGCCAAACAGAAUUCCAGCCAGCUACUGUCAUUGCUCCUUGACAAUAUAAAGUCAGAGGUAGACGUCAAUGCAUUGAACACUCUGGGUAACACCGCAUUGCACACUGCAUGUCUGAAGCCCUCACGUGACUGCGUGGAGCAGCUGAUAAACGCUGGGGCAGAUCCAACUACUGGCCUGAGGGAAUUACCGCUACAGUUGGUCGUGCUUGCUGAUUCUCUGGAAUGUGUCGAUGUAAUCUACCAAGCCCAUCCAGACGCCCUCAAUUGUCCUCAACAAAGUGACUUGGCCUACCCAAUCCAUCUGGCAACCAACACUAAAAUGUUCCGACGCCUGUGUGAACUUGGGGCUAACUUGGAUUCGCAAGACGCAUCGGGACAAUCGGUGCUACAUAAAAAAGUCACCACAGACGACCUCGAAUGCGUAUUGUACCUUUUGGCUUGUGGUGCGGAUACGAACAUCUUCGAUGUCGACGGACGCACUCCUCUGCAUGUGGCAGUAUCUCAUAACGCCUCCAUACACAUUCUACGGGCCCUUCUUGUCUUCGAAGCCGAUCCAUCGGCAUUGGACAAUUGCCGUCAAAGUCCGCGGCACCUGCUUUGCAGUGAUGCCGACGAAUAUGUGCAUUCUCCGCAAAAAGAUCUCGCUCUAUAUACCUUACAUGCUGUUGGGGCAAAACGAUGUCCUCCCGAUCUGGAAGGAUGCACCGUUGGCUGUAUGGAUCCAGGGGUUGCGGCCGAGAAGGGAUUGACACUUUUCGAUGGCACAGCUCCGGAAGUGGUUCACAACAUAAACGAGGAUGCUACACAUCUGUUUGAUGAAAUCUUCUACUCCGCAAGCCAGGUACCUCGAAUGAACAGCGUUCAGCAACGCCGCUUUACGCGUUGUCCAGCCAGCUUCCGACGGACGUCGAAACUGUCGUCACAUACGGAGGCUGAGUUGUAUACUUUGCGUAGUGUUAGCCCAAGCCCAUCCUCUAGCACAGAUGUUCAUCCUGCGGACUUGAAUCACACAUUUACCGCCAGUAUAAACGGUCCACGUCGUUCAUCGUCCGGGCGGAUAUCGUCCUCAACCAUUCUCAUCCCAACCGGUGCAGCACAGCCCUGCCGUUUUACCGUUGAAUCCGACCCAGAAGAAAAACUUUCUUUUUACGGUUCCUCGGGAUCCCCACCACAAAAGCGUCAAGCUCGCAUCAAUACAGUUCAACCGCACAGGAUUAGGCUACAUUUCGUACCUCGGGAUUGCUCUUGUGAGGAGUCUUUCCUAAAUGAACGUAUUGAAUUGCAGUCAAAGAUGGACGAGCCCGUCGUCAUCGUAAAUGGUACUGAAGAUGAUCCGGUCACAAUCUCUCGACCGACUCAAUCCAUUCAUUCGUCGACCACUUCACUAUUAUCCGACCGACCUCUGGGGGAAGAUGAACCUGACAGUACAUGUUGUCCGAAUCUGGAUGAUCCUGGCUUUCUCCAGGAAGAAGGUGAUGAGGACCUCACGGCAACAGUUGGGCGAAGGCGGAAACUGAGCUCCAGAUGGAAUUGUGGUCCCGCUGGAUAUCGUGUUCUUGCUUUGGACGGGGGAGGUAUCAGAGGCCUUAUAUUGGUUCAGAUUCUCCGCGCAUUGGAACGGGUCAGCGGCAAGCAGAUAACCGAUCUAUUUGAUUGGUUUGUUGGUACAUCUAGCGGUGGUAUCCUGGCGUUGAUGCUUCUCCGUGGCAAAUGCUUGCGUUGCUGCCGCAACCUGCUGUUCACGUUCAAGGACACCGUGUUUUGCGGCAAACGCCCGUAUUCGUCCGAUGAGUGGGAGAAGAUAAUGCGGCGUGAAAUGGGAGAGAACACAAAAAUGACAGACUUGAAAGGAAUUAGGGUUGCAGUAACCACGCUUUUGAGUGACCGAUGUCCUCCGGUGUUUCACAUGUUUCGUAACUACACGUCACCCCGACUUCGUCUACACGAACUGCUUAAGAAGAGGCAGCAAGAACUCGGUUGUGAAACUGCAGAACCAGGAAGACGGCCCAGUGUUUCAUCGAAUGUCGUUCCCUCGGAAAAGAGUUCUUCAAUUUCAAGUUCAUCAUCUGUACUCAAUUUCCUCUUGAGUGCAUCUGGAUUCCUGAACUCUGGUGAAUCUGCUCCCCCGGAACCCCCAGUCGAGAGCGAGUGUGGUCACAAAUUUGAUCCUAUUAUCACGGAUGCCGAACAGCUUGUUUGGCGGGCCGCACGGGCCACCGGAGCUGCCCCCACUUACUUCAGACCUUGCGGUCGUUUUCUCGACGGUGGAUUAAUCUCAAACAAUCCCACGCUGGAUUUGCUCACUGAAAUCCAGGAAAUGCAGAUGGUGCAACAGCUACAGGAUAAACCACCCACCCCGCUGGCCGUCGUUGUCUCCUUGGGGACAGGGCGAAUGCCAGUAGAACCUAUCGAAACAGUUGAUGUAUUCCGACCUCAGUCAUUAAUGGAAACAUUUCGAUCAGCCAUGGGUUUCAGCUCUCUCGGUCGAAUCAUAGUUGAAGUUGCCACCAUGACAGAAGGUCCUGUCGUUGAUCGUGCCAGUGCAUGGUGUGCGUCUCUCGGUGUACCAUUCUUCCGAUUCAGUCCUCGCAUUUCACUUCACAUUACCCUAGACACUACUGAUACUAAGGAGCUGUUGCAAAUGGUCUGGGAGACCGAAGCCUACCUUUAUCGAGCUCGUGACCGUUUGGAACGACUUGCCUCUAUGCUUUAAAUUACUUUUAUUUCGCCAAUGUUAACACUGUAAGCCACAUUUCAUAGUUGCAAGUCUACUGAUACUAUUAUCUCUUUUUGUGUAUCUCCAUUCAGAUUCAGCAGUCUUUCACAUUUUUACAGCUUACUACGGUCAUCUGAACUUGUUUUUUUUUUAAAAAAAGCAAAUUAUUUUACCAUUUUUGAUGGAACAACGAACCAGUGCUUGUAAUACAGCUAUAGCGCGCAGUGGAAGUUUCCUUGUAAUUUGUAAGGUUUACGAAUUGUUCUGCUCUUUUGGCAAUCACCCGGUUGCUUUUUUAUGUGCGUAAGUAGUCGGUUGGCUCGGAGAUUUCAGUGUUGGAGCCCUCAAGUAAAAUUUUC